AUGACGACAAGCCGGCACGCCACCCUCACCCAAACCUUCGCCGAGCGGGCCGAGAAGGCCACGCACCCCCUUACUCGCUACCUCUUCCGCCUGAUGGAGCUGAAGCAAUCCAACCUGUGCCUGAGCGCGGACGUGACCACAGCCCGCGGACUGCUCGCGAUCGCGGACAAGGUCGGCCCUUACAUAGUCGUGCUCAAAACACACUACGACCUGAUCAGCGGGUGGGACUAUAACCCGCAGACCGGCACGGGCGCAAAGCUGGCAGCGCUCGCCCGCAAGCACGGCUUCCUCAUCUUCGAGGACCGCAAGUUCGUCGACAUCGGAAAGACCGUGCAGAUGCAGUACACCGCCGGCACCGCGCGCAUCAUCGACUGGGCGCACAUUACGAAUGCAAACAUUGAUGCUGGCAAGGAUAUGGUGCGCGCGCUGGCCGAGGCGGCUGCCAAGUGGAAGGGCCGCCGCCACUGCGAGGUCAAGACCUCCGUCACUGUCGGCGCUCUCGACGAAGACGGUACUGUCAACGGCGUCAGCCCUUCCCAUGUCGAGCCCCUGGAAGAGCAAAUCCGUCCCGUUUCUCCAGAGCGUGACGCCGACGGCCGUAAGGGCAGCAUCGUGUCCAUCACCACCGUGACUCAGUCCUUCGAGCACGCCGGCGCCUCAGGCCACGCUGACGACGCGGAGUCCGUGUUCCCUGGCAUCGAGGAAGCCCCCGCAGACCGCGGGCUUCUACUCCUGGCCCAGAUGUCCUCCAAAGGCUGCCUCAUGACCCGCGAGUACACGCAAGCCUGCGUUGAGGCGGCGCGCGACCACCGCGACUUCGUCAUGGGCUUUGUGUCUCAAGAGGCUCUCAAUUCUGCUGAUGACGAUGCCUUCAUCCAUAUGACGCCUGGUUGCAAGUUGCCUCCUCCCGGCGAGGAGGACAAGCCGAUUGAUGGGGACGGUUUGGGGCAGCAGUACAACACCCCCGACAAGCUGAUCAAAGGGGCGGGCACGGAUAUUGUUAUCGUGGGGAGAGGCAUUCUGGAGGCAGCGGAUCCGGUUAGCGAGGCGGAGAGGUAUAGGAAGAGGGCGUGGAAGGCUUAUUUGGGGCGACUGGGGAAGGAUGAGUAG